UCAGGUUUUAAAAUGAAGUCUGCUACUUUUGGAAGUGCUAAGAAGGAAGGCGGAAGUAGCAGUUCAUCAGACCAUGCAAAUUUCAAAGAUGAAAUUCUGAGGAAAUUUGGAAGUUUUAAGAAAUUCGAUAUUGCCAGUGACACUAAACACCAUUACUUUGUUCGGAAAAAUUGGUCCAAAAAUUAUAGGAGUUUACAAUGAACCUAUUUCAUUAACAGCAUCAAAGGAAUUGGGCUAAAAGAAUCCAGAAAGAGUGGAAGAUUUUAGAGAACAAUUUGCCAGAUUCAAUAUUUGUUCGAGUUUAUGAAUCAAGAAUGGAUCUCAUGAGGGCUGUAAUUAUUGGAGCAGACGGGACUCCUUACCAUGACGGUCUUUUCUUUUUCGAUCUUUACUUACCUGGUGGCUUUCCCAAUGUACCGCCGGAAGUCUACUUCCACAAUCAACAUGCUUCUUCUAAGUUGAAUCCAAUUUCUGGAGCUUACGGCUCUUUAUGCCUUAGUCUACUUAACACUUGGGAUGGCAAAAAGAAUGAGCGUUGGCGUCCACAUGUUUCAACAAUUCUACAGGUUCUAGUCUCCAUUCAAGGUCUAGUCUUGACUGAAGAGCCUUUCUUUAAUCUACCUUCUGGCUAUGUUCAUGGUUUAGAACCAGGCACAAGUAUGUCCCGGUGUUAUAACGAGCAGGCAUUCAUUGAUUCACUGUGGACAAUGAUACAUGUGAUUAGAAGGCCUCUAAAGAAUUUUGAGGAUUUUAUAGUGGGGCAUUUCCUCGUCCGAGCUCAUGAUAUUCUAGGGGCAUGCAAGGCAUACAUGGAAGGUGCUCAAGUGGGUUAUUGGGUCAAACGUGAGGUUCAUGAGGUUGAUCGGCACUUCAAAAGUUACAUGGAGCAGUUUAAGAUUUCUUUACGUGAUCCGAUGGAAAAGCUUGCCAGUGAGUUUGCAAGAAUUGGAGCUAUGAACUGAAAUUUCCUUGAUGCAAAAAAAUAUUCUCUAUGAAAACCCUGAAUUUGAGACUUGAUUCAAAAGUCUUGUUACAUCUACUACAACUACUAGUGUCA